ACAAAAUCCAUGUUUGUUUUACUGCAGCAGAAUUGUGUUCAUGCACAGUGUGAUAUUUCAGUGUCUGAGAAGCAGUGAGCAAGACAGCAGUGAUCAACCAUAAUCUUAAUUCCCAGCCCAGAAGAUCUGAGUUUAAGGAAAGAAAAAGUCAUAAAUGAUCAAACAAAGGAAUUACUUCAAAGAGGAGGUGUAAGGCAAAAGUCUCACUUGAACGUAAAGGUACUCAAGUUCUCACACCGGUGUUUUUCUUUGAAAAGAAGAUCUAAACUUUUAAAACCAGACGGUGCUUUUUAGAGAACACAAACGGGGAGAGGAGGGGAUAAACUAAAAUAACCGAAGCAGUGAUGAAGGACUCGACUCUGUGUCUUUUGAAAGAGCAGUGUAGAAAUCUUUUCUGUUGAAAGCCCCCAAGCAACUACUGAUCUAGCUUUUGACUAAACAAAUUGAUUUCUGUGAGGAAGAAGCAACCCUGAAACUUCCUGUGGUUCUGGGCUGACUGAGAAGUGAGGGGUACGGGGGCUGGACCUGUUGGGGGUGUGAUGUGAGCAGAAUGAACGUGUCUGGAGGUUUAAUUGAACACGUGGCUCCCUGGGGAGGUGUAGAGGAGGUGCUGUAGGGCAGGGGAGCAGCUGUGCAGAUACCCUGGACUGAACUUUGCUGCCUUUCAGAUCUCAGUUCCUCAGUCCUACUGCACAUCACAUCCGGUCCCAAGCAGGAGGAGCUGCACUUGUCCGUGUAGGAUGUUCACUGAAGCUCCUGAAGGAAAGGGAGUUCUGCCGUCUCGGUUUGGACUCAGUGGUCUUCGUGAGUCCCUUCCAGGUCAGAAUAUCCAGUGAUUCUGUGACCCCCACAUGACCCUGGUGUAGCUGCCCAGGAGGAGUUCCUUGCAUGUACCUCUGCCACUUUGUAAAUCACCACUAAGGACAUCUGCCCCAACCUUGGAUCUGUGUUGGAGGCUCUUCAUUUGACUUCAAACACAUUUGGGACAGCUCCUGCCUCACAUUUCCCUUUCCACUACUGCUGAACUUCUGUUGAUGCCACCAGCUGUUUCUCUUCCAGGGCAGAACUGUCACAUUUAUAACUGAAAAAACCCAGCCAAAAACAGGAGCCUUUUAGCCUCCUGCCAUACCUCUGCUACAAGGCCUCAGCCAGCAGGGGCCAUGCGAUGCUCCCUGAAACGCUCCCUCAUGGUUCUGCUCGCUGCCUCCUUCCUCCUCCUCCUCCUCCUCCAUGGGGGCAGCCGGCAGGAACAGGAUCCCCUGAAGGUGCAGCUCAGGGGCCUGGCUCCUGACACGAUCCUGCAGCUGCUGCAGCCAGAGGGAGCCCAGCACAUCCUCAGGGACACAGACGAGCUCUCUGCACUCCACAACGUCUCCUACCAGCUCCUUGCUGGCUCCCUGGCUCCCCGGAAAAAAUUCCUGGCAGUGGGAAUGGCAUCUGUGCAGAGGCCACGUGGUUUCUACCUGCUGGCCACGCUCCAGUCCCUGUUCAGCCAGUCCACGGAGGAGGAGCUGCAGGAGAUGGUGGUGGUGGUGCACCUGGCUGACACCGACCCCGGCUGGAACGUGCGCGUUGCCGCCACCAUCGCCCAGAAGUUCGCUCACCACAUCCUCCUGGGUCGGCUCCUGCUCAUCCACGCUCCCCCUGAGUUCUACCCCACCCUGGAAGGCCUGAAGAGGAACUUCAAUGACGCCGAGGAGCGAGUGAGGUUCCGCUCCAAGCAGAACGUGGACUAUGCCUUCCUGCUUGCCUUCGCCGCCAACCUCUCCUCCUACUACCUAAUGAUCGAGGACGACGUGUGGAGCGCCAGGUCCUUCCUGACAGCCAUCCGCAGGGCACUGGCUUCCCAGCAGGGCUCCAACUGGGCCACCCUCGAAUUCUCCAAGCUGGGCUACAUUGGGAAGCUCUACCGCUCCAGUGAUCUUCCUCGCCUGGCUCGCUUCCUCCUCCUCUUCUACCAGGAAAUGCCCUGUGACUGGCUGCUGGUCCACUUCCGCCAGCUGCUUGCCCAGAAGGACGUGAUCCGCUUCAGGCCGUCCCUCUUCCAGCACAUGGGCUUCUACUCCUCCUUCCAGGGCACUGUCAACCGGCUGGAGGACGAGGAUUUCCAGGCCGAUGCCUCGGACCUCCCAGACAACCCGCCGGCAUCCCUGCACACCAGCAUGUCCGUCCUUGAGAACUACGAGCCCCACAAGGCCUACAGCUCAGCACAGGGCUACUUUUGGGGCAAAGCCCCAGCAGCUGGUAGUACUUUUUCCAUCGUGUUCCAGCAGCCAGCCCACGUCAGCCGUGUCCGGGUGCGCACGGGCUCUGUGGAGCGCCCGGGCGAUUUCCUGCACGCAGGGCUGCUGGAGCUGGGCUGGAGCCGGCACCACAGCCAGGACUGCUCCUCCUAUGUCCCCGUGGGCUCCUUCAAGAGAGGGACCCUGGAGCAGCAGGGCCUGGAGACCGUCCUGCCUGGGCCCGUGGAGUGUGUGAGGAUCCGGGUGACCCAGGACCAGAGCGAGUGGCUCAUCAUCCAGAGCAUCGACAUCUGGACCACAGCAGGCACUUGAGCACAACAACUGUGGCAGGAUGUCAAACCUGCAUUUGGUUCUAAGAGGUCCUUUAUUUUUCACAUUCCUUUUUUGGAUAAGAAAUUAAAUUACUGACUCCCACAGCCCCAUGUCUGGAGAGAUGGGAACCACUGCUGUGGGCUGUGGAUGGGUUUAGGAGUGGGACCCAUCAGGAUGUGCC